AUGGAUAACAUGAGAAAAGAGAACAUCUGCAUCAGAGGAGACAUCACUGCAUGUGAAGACUGGAUAAAAGGCUCCCAAGGUCAUCUAAUUCUAUGUUCUUCUUAUGAAAUAGAAGGUAAUCAAUCCCAAAUUAGCACUAAUAGAACUGGACAUAAUCUGAGUGAGAUGUCUGCAAAUUCUGAAUAUGGGAAAGAUUUUGAAAAUAAUGCUAAUCUUUCUAAGCACAAAGACAUUCAGAAAGAUGAACCGUCGUGUUCUGAAAGAGAGAAUACUUUUAAUGUGAUAUCAAGUGUUGCUGAAAAUCUGAGAAAUCACACAGGAGAGAAGCCAUAUUCAUGUUCAGAAUGUAUACACCUAAGAACUCAUACUGGGGAGCAGCUAUAUUCAUGUUCAGAAUGUGGGAAAUGUUUUAGUCAUAAAAUAAGUCUUGUAAAACAUCAAAGAAUUCACACAGGAGAGCGGCCAUUUCCAUGUCUGGAAUGUGGGAAAUGUUUUAGUGAUAAAUCAAGUCUUGUGCAACAUCAGAGAAUUCACACGGGAGAGAAGCCAUUUCCAUGUCCUGAAUGUGAGAAAUGUUUUAGUCAGAAAACAAAUCUUGUGCAACAUCAGAGAAUUCACACAGGAGAGAAGAGAUUUUCAUGUUCUGAAUGUGGGAAGUGUUUUAGUCAGAAAACAAGUCUUGUGAAACAUCAGAGAAUUCACACAGGAGAGAAGGGAUUUUCAUGUUCUGAAUGUGGGAAGUGUUUUAGUCAGAAAACAAUUCUUGUGCAACAUCAGAAAAUUCACACAGGAGAGAAGCCAUUUUCAUGUUCAGAAUGUGGUAAAUGUUUUAGUGAUAAAUCAAAUCUUGUGCAACAUCAUAGAAUUCACACAGGAGAGAAGGGAUUUUCAUGUCCCGAAUGUGAAAAGUGUUUUAGUAAGAAAUCACAUCUUAUUCGACACCUGAAAACUCACACAGGAGAGAAGCCAUUUUCAUGCACUGAAUGUGAGUGUUUUAGUGAGAAAUAA